CUCUAAGCUAACUCAUCUUUCAGUUCUGGGUCAGUCCCAUCUUUCGAGAUCGGUUCGGGAUCCCGGGAUGCAACUUUUGUCAUUGGGGAGCCAUUGGACCACUCUCCGACUAACGGCCCAAGUUGUAUCAAGAGUUGUGGCGCUCUUCCCCCGGUGUUGCUGCGGAUCGAUUUGCAUCGAAGGCGAGGAGGCUUGGGCGGCUCACAGGUACACCAAGUAAACCCACCCACGGCGAGAGCAUACGAUGUACAGGUAGAAGACGUGCGGUACAACAGGGCCGACCCCAGGCUUGUUCACCCCAGGCCGGGGUAACCUAACCAUCCAAGGAUGUCCCGCAGACCGAGUACGGGUGCGACCCUCCCUCAUCUUCCACCCUUCUCGAAUUCCCCUCCCUUUCUAGGCUCUUUAGCUCUCUCUCCGGCGGCAAGGUACGGCACGAUACGACGGGGCGGCGGGCACAUCAAUGAUCAGGGCAUGUGGGCGUCGUCAAUUUGAAGUCAAAUUGCUUCUGAUGAGCUCUGUGAUGAGCAGCUCCAGACUGGAUAUUGCCGGGAGCCGCCCUGACGAUGGAGUCAUUCGAGACUACUCGCUCCAUAUGAAGCACUACAUCAGUUCCUGGUCUCUAGCCCCUUCGUCUCUGCCCUGAUCAUCUUCUCCAGCAGCCAGGCCGGAAGCGCACGCCGUACGGCAGUGUCAAAACCAAUUCGGACCAUCCAAAGUUCCUGGGUCUCUCGGACAAGACAUGCAGCUGACGACUCCGUUAAUCAUGCUUCGCCGCCGGCCUUCCCUACAGUUCUCGCUAGUCUGACACACGAAACCGCAAGACCUCCACUCAACCACAAAAGAUACGCGACUUAUCGCUCACAAACGACCGGGACCCUUGAUCCACAGACCACCCCAUGGAAAGGAUGUCGAGGUUCGUCAUCCUUGCGUGGAUCAGCCCCCCCAAAAUAUCCGUCCUAUCAAUCUCAAACAGGCGACAAAGUGCGAGUCGCGUGCUGGGCGUGGGAAAACGAGGGCUUCUAGGCUCUGGGUUGGCCCUGCGGAGGCAAAAUCAGAAAGAAUGAUAUCAAAGUAGAUCCCUCUCUUCUCUCUUCCUCUCUCUCUCUCUCUCUCUCUCUCUCUCUCUUACUUUUGCCCGGACAGCCGUAUGAUCGACGGCUUUCUUCUCUUCCUUCGAUCUCACUAGUCCUGCAACCAUCUCCUUUCUUUAUUCUUUUCUUUUCGAAACCGAUCACCCCGCUCUGCGUCCUGGGCCGUCAGCCCAGUUCCUGCUUCCCGGCCCCGUCAGCAAGGAUCGACCAGGCGCUAGCAUUUCAAAGACCUCCUCUUUGCCAUUAGAGGAGCAUGUUCAAAUUGGUCAACCGUUCCAGAUCUAUGAAGAGCAUGAGGAGUGGUGGAGGGGCCCCCGGUGGUACGCAGACGCACGGCCCAGAGUCGCCCGUCCUGGGGUCGCCGGGUCUUGUGUCAAGUUUCCAACAGACCAAGGAAGACUCGAGCGUUUCUCAAAACGUGGUCGUGCCCUUCGCAGAGGACGCUGCCACCGCCGCCGCCGCCGCCGCCGCCGUUGCUGCCGUUGAAACUCGCAACACAUACCGCCAUCGCCCUCUACCCACACCUCCUCGUUCCAAGGCAUCUUCGACCAUGGCUGAGCGGCCCAGCACUAGUGGAGGUCUCUCGCCUCAUAACUACAGCACCACCAGCUUCAGGACCUUUGAUAGACGCAUGUCCAAGGAUGACAUGUAUAUCAGGCCUCACUCUUCGGCUCGAGGAGGUUACAAGUCGUACCACAUCCCCAUACGGGACAACCCAGCGUCUCCGUUAGAGAGUCCCGGCGACUUCUCAAACGACUUCUCAUCAGCGCGUACAUUCACUGUCAGGACACAGACACCAGACUCCAUGGACAGCAACAUGGGAACCAUUGCAAUAGGCAUGGCAAUAGGGAGCCCGACGCACCCCCCGCCCGAGUUCACUGCGUCCCGCGAGUUCCUCGCAACACCGAUCCCCGCACCAAGAAACGAGUGGCAACCGCAGGCAUCCAGCAUGAGCACCAGCAUGGUCGUCAGGGCCUCGCCAGAACCGCCGCAAGAAGCCCCGGAACCUGUGCCGCCACCGAAGCAGAAAUCGGGUAGAUGGAAAUUGUUUGGGCGUUCCAAGAGCAAAAGACUUGCGUCGUCCCCGGUUGCCAUCUCCCAGCCCAUGAACCUCCAACAGUCUGCAGCCAACAGGACAGAAUUUGAUAUUUCGCAGACGAACAAACAGUCCGGUGACUUGGGAAGACGGAACACAGAAAGGAAGCCGGCAGACAGCAAGCCGGCAAUGAUGCGCUCACAGACAGCAGGCCCGGUGGCGCCGCCAAGUCCAAGAGACUCCAAGGCUCCCAAACUAUUAAGCCGGAUGGCAUCCACGCGAUCAACACGGAGUGUCAAGAAAUCCGACAUCUCAGCACCGGUGCACGUGUCGAUGGGGGUGCCGGCGUUGCCGCCAAAGCCUUCGGGUGGGUUUUUGGAUGUCGAGAUCCCUAGUAUCACAAUGGAGCGUUACAGUGUCAUGUUCGGCAACGUCUUGGGGCAGCCGCAAGGGUCGGAAGAUUCCAUGUUCGGACAGCAGCCAUCGCAGCCGUCAUCAUCUCUUUUGGCGAGGCGGCAGGCCACGCUGGACAGGUUGAAGACGAUCAACGCCAAGGCCACGAAGGAAGAUGAGGAAAGGGAGCGCACCAGGAGCCGCAGAGCAACAUCACCACAGCCGCUCAAGUCGCCGGCGUUUUCGCUGUCAUUAUUCCCAGCAACUCCUUCGGAGUCGGCGAACAAUCCUCCUCAGUCGCCCCGAUACCGCUCGAACACCUCGCCCGCCUUCCUCGCGUCCCCGCAAAAGGCAAGCUUCGAACACGCAGAAACGCACGGAGAGGCCACACGGAGGAAGACACCAUCGCCUGAGAUUGUAGGCCAUCUCAGACCCCAUCGACCGCAGGAGCCCCCCGCGCCCGACUUCGUCUUCGGCCCCGAGCAGUCGGGCCUCGUGCUCGAGUCGCCUGCAGGCGACGACGAAUCCGAGGAGAUCCAUUUGACAGAGCAGCUGAAGCCGACCAUCUACGAGCCCGCGUGGCAGAUGAUGACGCCGGCCGACUCGACCGCCCCAUCGAGCACCGCGCCCAGCGCAAAGGACCACUCGCCCGCGUCGGCGUCAUCGGUCCAGACACACGUGACAAAGCCGUCUUUCGAUGGAUCAGAACCCGACGACGCCCUCCGCGCCGCCGUCGAGAUCUCCAUCGCGAGGCAGAUCAGCAUCUCGCGGCAGCAGCGCCGGAUGCUCCGUCCCCUGAAAACCAACGCCAUCCGAGUCGGUGGUGGCGGCGGAGGCAGUCCCGGCGCCAGGAGCCCCGUCGCGACCAUCACCGUCGGCAAAAACGAACGGCUGUCAUCGACCAAGAGCGCCACGCCGACGCUCAUCAGUCCCGGCGAGACAUUCGAGCAGCAGAUUGCGCAGAACCGCAAGAGCGAGCGCAUCAUUCUCGAGGGCGAGUACGCGUAACUGCACCACCGGCUUUCUCCCCUUAUCUUGCGACGUUCACGACACUUGCUACCUCGUCCCUACGUCACCCUUGUUGGACAGUCUUUCUCUCCCUAUUUGUCUUCGUCCACUCCCGUUAGGUGGCGGCCCGGCUUCAUCAUCAAUUUUUCAACAUGUCCAUCUUUGUCACUUGACUAAAUUCUCAAAAACCAUCCGCCUUAUUCCAUUACUCCGACUUAUUUUUGAUAUUUACUCUACCAUUCUGGAGGACCACUAUUUAACGACUAUGAUUGGAGUAGGAGACGAUACGGUUUCGGAGGGAGGAAUGUCGUGUGUAUGAACCCGUGUUCGAAUCCACACGUUGGAAGAGAGCGUCAUGUGUGUAAGAGAGAGAGAGAGAGAGAGAGAGAGAGAGAGAGAGAGAGCGUAUGUGCGAGCGGUUGUGUCGUUGACUGGUUGGCUGUCAGACAAAAAUCGGAAAAGAUUCUCUCUCUCUCUACUAUGCAAGCGAAACAGCAAAUCCUGUUACUCUGGGGGGUUCUCUGGAGAGGGACCGUCUCGAUCCGUCUCAGUUCUCGUUGUCUUUUAGUACUGCCUACACCACAAACCCUCCUAAAAGGAAAAGGGUCGGGGAGAUUCCCCGUAUCGAUACCACUGUUGGAAGGGGAAACGGGAGCGUCGAACAGCCAUUCAUGUUUUGCGUUUUCUUUUGGUCAGUUCACCAAUGCCAGUCUACUCCGAGGGAGGGUGUGCAAACGUGAAAGUGCCAUUUGCUUCUUCUGUUUAUUUUAUUUUAUUUUCUAUAAGGGAGGAUUCCUUUCUUUGGAUAAUCCUAAAGCUUAAG